CUAUGGGAUAGGACGAGCAAUAAUAAACCUCUCCUAAACCCACCGGAAAUUUAUAUGCUUCUCUCUCCUCCGUCCUGUCUCCUUCUCUCUCUUCUCAAUCUGAUACGACUUAAUUUAACUCUCUCUGCUCUUCCCCUUUUCUUACGCAAUCCGCCAUUACUAUUUACUUUAAGCUUUCUCUUUAAUUCUCUCCAUUUUAUUUCCCCUUUUCAUUGGUUACACAAUAUGCCCACCAACCCCUUUUGCUUUUAAUCUCAUCACAAAUUCAUCCACCAGCAAAAAAUCAACAAUGUUGGAUCUUAAUCUGUGUAUUUUUUCACCCGUUUCUAAUAAUUCCGAACAUUCCUGUGCUUCCAAUUCUUCGAUUGAUAAUAAUACCGAUUCUAUCUCUUCUAAUUCCCAAAAUUUUGGUUACAGUUUCGAUAUUCUUAAAAAUUCUUACACUAACAAUGGAAGUGAUGAUUACCCGUUAGAAUCGGAUCACGGGUCUGCUUCAAAUGGGUUUGUUACCAAAGACUUUUUCCCACUUUCUGCAAUUCCGGGUCAGGGUCAGAGUCAGAAUCACCCAGUUAUGGGUUUGGUUGAGGUCAGAUCGUUGAUUACUCAAAAUCAUCAAUCACAACAAGUUAAGAAAAGUAGAAGGGGUCCAAGGUCCAGAAGUUCUCAGUAUCGUGGUGUUACUUUUUAUCGUAGAACUGGUAGAUGGGAAUCUCAUAUCUGGGAUAAUGGGAAGCAAGUGUAUUUGGGGGGAUUUGAUACUGCUCAUGCUGCUGCUAGGGCAUAUGAUAGAGCGGCAAUCAAAUUUCGUGGGGUGGAUGCUGAUAUUAACUUUGAUGUUAGUGAUUAUGAAGAUGAUCUUAAACAAAUGAAUGGCUCGACUAAGGAAGAAUUUGUGCAUCUUCUUCGCCGUCAGAGCACUGGAUUUUCGAGAGGAAGCUCGAAAUAUAGAGGAGUAACACUGCACAAAUGCGGUCGAUGGGAAGCUCGAAUGGGACAACUCUUAGGAAAGAAGUACAUUUAUCUCGGGCUGUACGACAGUGAAGUUGAGGCUGCAAGGGCGUAUGACAAGGCAGCUCUACAAUGUAACGGAAAGGAAGCUGUCACAAACUUCGACGCGAGCAUAUAUGGAGAUGAGCUAAUACCCGGGGCAGACAAUGGAGGCGGCCAACAUACUCUUGAUUUGAACUUGGGGAUAGGUACCCCGUCUUUUGCUGAUACUCAUACAAAGAGCAAUAUCGCUGAUAGCCAUUCCUUCCUUCAUGACCGAGGCGGUUGGCUAAACGACAUGGCCACAAAGGAUCAGAAUUUGAUUAAAGCAUCAGCAGUCCCUCCGGUACAUCAUGGCCACACAUUCCCUUCAAAUCACCCUUCUGCUUGGAGUGGUUUUAACCCAAUGCUUUUUCCUCUCUAUCAGGAAACACCAAUAGAGAAGACACCUGAAUCGGAAGCUUGGAGGAAAUGGGCAUGGCAAAUGCAACUCCAAUGCGCUCAUGGUGGGGUCAUACCAGCCCCAAUCUUCUCUACUGCAGCAUCAUCAGGAUUCCCUUCCAUCACCACUGCUUCAUCAGCUGCUGUUGGUCGAACCCACUUAUCUAACUAAAAACAAUACUACAUUAGAAGACUUCACUCAAGAGUAAAAGCCAUCACAAUAACCUUAUCUAACAUGUUCUUGUAUCUAAUCCAAUUGCUAAUCUAUGGACUAUACUUCGGUCUUGAUUUGGUAACUCGCAAACUCGGGGAUCAUGUAUGGUUUAUCCAAGGGUGCAAAUUUUGUCAAUGCUUAUUAGCACCCUCUUGGGCAUGGUGGAAUCCUAAACCAUUAUUCUUAGUGAUAUUCAAUGUGUGUAAUGGUAGUAUGUAUCAUAAACAUGUAUGAAAUACACUUCUAGUGAUUAGUACUCAAAUUUCUUCAUGAAAUGUUGGUGUACAAAAGUUGUGAGAUGUUUAAGGUUAAUUCUAUUAAGUUUUCAUCUGAAGGUUGAUCUUAUGCGUAAUCGAAAAGAUCAAAGACUUUGGUAUUAUUGUGUUGUAUUCGCUUCAAAACGGUUAUUUUUUUAAAAAGUGAUGCGUUAAUUUUAGUUGUGUC